UCUCUCUCUGCAGGGGGGUCGGAUACAUGGGUAAUAUCUGUGGACGAGAGAGCCAAACAUGACCAGCAGUUCCACAGUUUGACCCCCACACCUGCUGGCUUCAUCACAGGUGACCAGGCAAGAAAUUUCUUUCUGCUGUCAGGUUUACCUGCCCCCAUCCUCGCCCAGAUAUGGGCCCUGGCCGACGUGAACAACGAUGGGAAGAUGGACAUGCAUGAAUUUUCCAUCGCAAUGAAGCUGAUUAAAUUGAAGCUGCAGGGUCACCCCCUCCCUCCUUCACUGCCCACCUCCAUGAAGCAGCCACCCCUCUCCAUACCCCCGCAGCCCUCUUUUGGGAUGACUAGUAUGGGGGGAAUGCCAGGCCUGCCAGCGGUGCCACCCAUGCCCCUGCCCCCUCUGCCCCCAGGAGUGCCGGGAGUAGGCGUGUCUCCACCACUGGUAGCAUCAGUGACCCCAGCGGUACCAUCUCUUGCUAAUGGAGCGCCCGCUAUGGUACAACCCAUGAGUGGAUUCUCACAUCCAGCUUCGUUCAAUCGUUCCAGUAUCAAGCUACAGAAGGGCCAGUCUGUAGAGGCACCCAGUGCUCCGGCUGCUCCUCCGCCCACUGACUGGGCCGUGUCUCAGUCCUCUCGGCUCAAGUACCGCCAACUCUUCAACAGCCAUGACAAAAUGAUGAGUGGUUAUCUCACAGGUCCACAAGCCAGAACUAUUCUAAUGCAGUCCAGUCUACCGCAGACCCAGCUGGCAACCAUCUGGAACCUGUCAGAUAUAGACCAGGAUGGAAAGUUGACUGCAGAAGAGUUUAUUCUGGCCAUGCACUUAAUUGACAUGGCCAUGUCCGGUCUGCCUCUUCCGCCUUUACUGCCUCCUGACCUCAUACCUCCGACAUUCAGGAGAGUGCGUUCUGGUAGUGGAGUGUCUGUGACCAGUAUACACUCGACAGACCUACGGUCUCAGGAUGAGCUGGAGGAGGAGGAAAAAGAGGCAGAGAAAAAACUUGCAGUCACAUUCGAGGAUAAGAAACGAGAGAACUUUGAGCGUGGAAACCUGGAGCUGGAGAAACGUCGGCAGGCAUUGCUGGAGCAGCAGAGGAAAGAGCAGGAGCGACUGGCGGCCCUGGAGAAAGAGGAGCAAGAGAGGAAGGAGAGAGAACGACUGGAGCAGGAGAGACGCAGACAGCAGGAGCUGGACAGACAACUGGAGAGACAGAGAGAGCUGGAGCGACAGAGGGAGGAGGAGAGACGCAAGGAGAUCGAGAAAAGAGAGGCUGCUAAGCGGGAGCUGGAGCGUCAGCGGCAGUUAGAGUGGGAGAGAACACGCAGACAGGAACUGCUCACCCAGAGAAACAGAGAGCAGGAGAACAUCGUCCUGCUCAAAGCACGCAAGAAAACACUUGAGUUUGAACUGGAGGCCCUGAAUGAUAAGAAGUCACAGUUGGAGGGUAAACUGCAGGACAUUCGUUUCCGUCUCUCGGCUCAGAGGCACGAGAUCGAGAGCACCAAUAAGACGCGAGAGCUCCGCAUUGCUGAGAUCACUAGCCUGCAACAGCAGCUGCAGGAGUCUCAGCAGUGGUUGAGUCGGUUGAUUCCUGACAAACAGUGUCUGAAUGACCAGCUGAAGCAGGUUCAGCAGAACAGUCUGCACAGAGACUCUCUGUCUAGUCUUCAGAGGGCCAUUGAAAUGAAGGAAUCCACCAAACAGCAGCUGAGAGAGCAGCUGGACGCUGUGGAGAUGGAAACACGUUCUAAACUAUUGGAGAUAGAUGCCUUCAACACACAGCUGAAGGAGCUGAGAGAAAUCCACAACAAACAACAGAGGCAGAAACAAAAGGAGCUUGAGGCUGACAUCACCCAGCCGUCACAUGACCGGAAGUCCACAGAAUUGCAAGAGUCUAGGUUGUCAGGGACAGAAGAUGGCGUGUCUCCUGCAUGGAGAGAUGAUGGGCUGGGUAAAGCGCCCACUCCUCCUGCGUCUCAGGCUUGGAUAAGCCAAGUGAGUGAAGAGGAGAACCACAGCAGAGCCGAAGUACAGGAUAACCUCUCCAAACUCUUCCCACAGCAUCCGCAAUCAAGGAAACUACAGGCUCAGUCCCCCUGGUCUAUGGCAGAUAAGAUUCCAGUGUCUGGCUUUAGUCAGGAGAAGGUAAAGGUGGUCUACUAUAGAGUACUGUAUCCCUUUGAGGCCCGCAGUAAUGAUGAGAUCACCAUCCAUCCUGGAGAUAUAGUGAUGGUGAAGGGAGAGUGGGUGGAUGAGUCUCAGACAGGUGAACCUGGAUGGUUAGGAGGAGAGAUUAAAGGGAAGACUGGCUGGUUCCCUGCCAAUUAUGCAGAGAAGAUUCCAGAUUCUGAAGUUCCUCUUAGUCUGAGGGCUAGCGCUGCUUCUAGUUCCACCCCUAAAUUGGGUUCCCAUAUGUCAUCCGCUUCUUCAUCGACCACAGCCACACCCAUGCAGCCAGUCUCCACAGAGUCUGCAUCAAUAGCCCCGCCCUCCUCAACCCCUGCCCCUCCAGGCCCCGCCUCCUCCUCUUCCUCAACAUCCAGUAACUGGGCAGAUUUCAGCACUAUAAGUAAUUUGUCCAAUAAAAAAAGCUUUAAAGACUAUAAGGCCUCUUUCUUUCAGGAAUUACAUGAACAUAUGAAAAGAAUCAUGGCAUUGUUCAUCAUUUCAUUAGAUGGAAGUUAUGGUUAGGGUGAAAAGGUGGAGGGUCUGCAGGCGCAGGCUUUGUAUCCAUGGAGAGCCAAGAAAGACAAUCACCUAAACUUUAACAAGAAUGACGUGAUCACCGUACUGGAGCAGCAGGAUAUGUGGUGGUUUGGGGAGGUUCAAGGGCAGAGAGGAUGGUUCCCCAAAUCUUACGUCAAACUCAUCUCUGGGCCCGUCCGGAAAUCUAUGAGUAUUGAGUCUGGCUCUUCGGACAGCCCUCCCAGUGUUAAGAGACCCAGCCCAUCUCCAAACAAACCCACAGAUCUUGGAGAAGAGUAUGUGGCCAUGUAUACAUAUGAAAGCAGUGAGCAGGGUGACUUGACCUUCCAGCAAGGGGAUGUCAUCACGGUCACAAAAAAAGAAGGAGAUUGGUGGACCGGCACUGUGGGCGGGAAGACCGGAGUCUUCCCCUCAAAUUAUGUCAAACCUAAAGAAUCUGAGGGUUUGGGAUCUGCUGGAAAAAUGGGAAGUUUAGGGAAGAAACCAGAGAUUGCCCAGGUGAUUGCUCCUUACACAGCCACCGGGGAAGAGCAGCUCACCUUAGCACCUGGCCAGCUCAUUCUCAUUCGCAAGAAAAACCCAGGAGGGUGGUGGGAAGGAGAACUUCAGGCAAGAGGAAAGAAGCGUCAGAUUGGCUGGUUUCCAGCUAAUUAUGUGAAAUUAUUGAGCCCCAGCACCAGUAAGACCACACCCACAGAGCCCAACCCACCCAAGCUGCCAACACCCAAUGCAGUGUGCCAGGUGAUUGGCAUGUACGAUUACACGGCUCAGAACGAUGAUGAGCUGCCUUUCGGGAAGGGCCAAAUCAUCAAUGUUUUGAGCAGAGAGGAUCCUGAUUGGUGGAAGGGAGAGCUGAAUGGUUCUAUUGGCCUUUUCCCAUCAAACUACGUCAAGCUGACCACCGACACAGACCCCUGCCAACAAUGGUGUGCCGACCUCCACCUGCUCGACAUGCUGACCCCAGUGGAACGGAAGAGGCAGGGUUACACACAUGAGCUUAUUGUUACAGAGGAGAACUAUGUCAAUGACCUGCAGCUAGUCACUGAGACGUUCCAGAAGCCUCUGCUGGAGUCGGAAUUGUUGACUGAGAAGGAGGUGGCCAUGAUCUUUGUCAACUGGAAAGAGCUGAUCAUGUGCAACAUUAAACUGCUCAAGGCGUUGCGGGUGAGGAAGAAGAUGUCAGGUGAGCGCAUGCCGGUGAAGAUGAUUGGUGAUAUCCUGACGGCUCAGCUUCCUCACAUGCAGCCUUACAUCCGCUUCUGCAGCUGCCAGCUCAACGGCGCCACCCUCAUUCAGCAGAAGACAGACGAGGUGCCUGAAUUCAAAGAGUUUGUUAAGAGGUUGGCGAUGGACCCUCGCUGUAAGGGAAUGCCCCUGUCCAGUUUCCUCCUCAAACCCAUGCAGAGAGUCACCCGAUACCCCCUCAUCAUCAAAAACAUUUUAGAGAACACUCCAGAAAGCCACCCGGACCACAGUCACCUGCGGCUGGCUCUGGAGAAGGCUGAAGAGCUGUGCUCGCAAGUCAACGAAGGCGUGCGAGAGAAAGAAAACUCAGACCGGCUGGAGUGGAUCCAGGCACAUGUGCAGUGUGAGGGGCUGUCAGAGCAACUUGUGUUCAACUCGGUUACAAACUGUCUGGGCCCUCGGAAGUUCCUGCACAGUGGAAAACUCUACAAAGCCAAAAGCAACAAGGAGCUUUACGGCUUCCUGUUUAACGAUUUCCUGCUCCUCACGCAGAUCAUCAAACCUCUGGGCUCGUCUGGAACAGACAAAGUCUUCAGUGCGAAAUCCCACCUGCAGUAUCGCAUGUACAAAACGCCCAUCUUUCUCAAUGAGGUGCUGGUGAAGCUGCCCACUGAUCCUUCAGGAGAUGAACCUAUAUUCCACAUAUCUCACAUCGACAGAGUCUACACUAUACGGGCUGAGAGCAUCAACGAGCGGACGGCUUGGGUGCAGAAGAUCAAAGCUGCAUCUGAGCUCUUCAUCGAAACAGAGAAGAAGAAGAGAGAGAAAGCCUACUUGGUGAGGUCUCAGAGGGCCACUGGUAUCGGGCGGCUAAUGGUGAACAUUGUUGAAGGCAUUGAGUUAAAGCCCUGCCGCUCAAAUGGGAAGAGUAACCCAUACUGUGAGGUGACGAUGGGCUCUCAGUGUCACGUCACUAAGACGCUGCAGGACACUCUGAACCCUAAAUGGAACUCAAACUGCCAGUUCUUCAUCAAAGACCUGGAGCAGGAUGUGCUGUGCGUCACUGUGUUUGAGAGGGAUCAGUUCUCCCCGGACGAUUUCUUGGGCAGGACGGAGAUUCGGCUGGCCGACAUCAAGAAGGACCAGGGCUCUAAGGGGCCCAUCACCAAGCGUCUGCUUUUACACGAAGUCCCUACGGGAGAGAUUGUGGUGCGACUGGACCUCCAGCUCUUUGACGAACCCUGACCCACGUUGUUUGACCUGAUCUUCUGACCCCCCAGAUUCCAUUUCCGCUACUCCUCUGUGGUGAAAGCCCACCAUCCAGAUGUGACAGUCCCACUCCACCCAGCGUCAUGAAUCCCAGAAUGUGAAUGUGUGUAUUUGCGCAAGCGUUUGUGAGUCUGCAAAAUGCUGUAACAGUCUUAAUCGGUGAUCCCAAUUGGAUUUUUAUUGUCCUUGAUACCUUUUCAAGACAAGUGUGUGAGUGAAAAUGAGUGAUGUACUGUAGAGGGAACCUCUCAGUUCCCUAAUGAUGUGAAGGACGUCUCAGGAUGCUGUGAUUUUUUUUAAAGAGUCAAACAUACAGUAGUUGUAUUUAACACUCUAAUGACCCGAGAACAGUAGUGCCAUUUGAAACAAUAUUCUUACAGGUUUUCAUUCUAGAAUGAUCCUGUGUAUUCUAGAAUGAAAACCUGUAAGAAUAUUGUUUCAAAUGGCACUACUGCACUGUCAUUGCAGUGAAAUCCAUCGUUAUGGGUGAAUCUCAUGAAACCUUAUUUGCAUAAUUCUAAAAAAUUUAUAAUUCUCAUAACUGUAAUGUGAAAAAAUAUUUAAUUU